CACCCGUCAAGUCUGCGGACCGUCAAAGUCAGCCAGGCGGAUUUUGUGCGCACACCUCGGCUUUUAUAAACAGCGACCCACCGGUAGAAUUCGGCGUWAGCGAUGUUUUUGAUCAAUUCACAAAUGUUUAAUUAGAGAGCGUGUAAAGUUCCAUGGACAUAGGAUUCAGAAUAUGUUUUUUUUCAAGAGAASAUACUUCAAGUUAGACUAAUCAAGGAAAAAUUUUAGUUUAUGGAGAAAAGUUUUGGAAAAGGUUAAAUCAACAACAGAGAUACGAAUUCAUCAUUACGGAAUUAGUCCAGUAAUCUUUGGAGAAAGUCUGGCUGAUUUAAUCAGUGCGCGCCGAAAGGAAAUAAAGGAUAUUGCGAAAAUUAAAAAUGCAUUUUGAAGUCCAUCACAUUCAGCACGUCCUGCUAUUGGCUGCAGCCGUGACUUCGGUCCAGGUCCCAGACCCCUCCUUCAGCCUGUCCAAUGAGAGGACUUCGAUUGAGAGGACGUAUGAGCUGACCAAGUACCUGGAGCAUCAGCUGAGAGAGAUAAAGGACACCUAUUUAUCCUACCUGGGCCCGCCGUUCAGUGACCCAGACUUCUCCCCUCCACGGCCCAACAGCACAGCCCUGUCCUUACCUAGCGCGGCCACCCGUCUGGAGCUGUGGCGGGGCCUGGAGAACCGUGCAAGGCUGGCCCAGAACCAGAGGGCUUACUCUGUUCUCCUGGGGGCGGUGAGGGAGCUGGCCCGCUCCACCCUCUGCCCCUACCUCCAGAGCUCCCUGCUGCACUUUUCUACAGGCCUGGACGGUCUGCUAGGGUCUAUAUCAGGCCUCAUGAACACGCUGGGGUAUUCCCUGCCUCCUGCUGGGAUUGAGGUGCAGUACCCACGUAGGGGCACAGGGGGCGAUGGAGAGGCAACGGGACGCAGGCCAGCUCCACUUAUGAGUCAGGGUCUCUAUAAGACAGGGGCGGGGAUGGGGGCGGGACCAAGGAGGCAUCCCAUUGAUGAUCAGAGGGGUGCUGGGACCACCAGAGGUCUGGUGAGAGGACAAAAGGAGGAGAGCACCAGGAGAGAAAUGACGGAGAGAAAGAGGGAGCGAGAGAAGUGUGGAUAA